CUCCUACUGCUGCUGCUACUGCCGCCGCCGCGGCUCCUCCUCUCGCUGCCGCUGCUGUGCCGUCGCCGUCGCGGAGCCCUAAAGCCGCCCGCUGCAAGAGGAUGGUGCGCCUGGCGGCCGAGCUGCUUCUGCUGCUGGGACUCCUCCUGCUCACCUUGCACAUCACGGUGCUGCGGGGCAGCGAGCCCGACGCCGCCACGGGAAACCACAGCCAGCGCCAACCGGAUGCCCUCCACACAGAUGGUCUUCCAUCACCUGAAGCCAGCUUUACACUAAACCCUGAGGACAGACGGGAUUAUCCUGACCACCAUGUAGCGCACAAAUCGUUCACCAAGCAGCGAUUCAGGCAAGAGAAUGGGCACACAGCUUUGCAGAGAGAUGGGCCCAGGCCAUUCCUCCUGGAUCUCCCAAACUUUCCUGACCUCUCAAAAGCAGACAUCAAUGGGCAAAACCCAAACAUCCAGGUGACUAUAGAAGUUGUUGAUGGGCCAGACUCUGAACCAGAGAAGGAUCUCCGGAAGGAAGGCAGCAAACCCAGCUGGCCUGUCCCAUCACCAGACUGGAGGAACUGGUGGCAGAGAUCAGCACCCACGGUCACCCGCAUGAGUAGCGGGGACCAGGAUUACAAGUACGAUAGCACAACCGAAGACAGCAACUUCCUGAACCCCGUCGGUGGUGGGUGGGAAAGUCACGCAACUAGUCACCGGACAUUUGACUCAAAAGAACAGCCAGAGUAUGAUUACAUAGAUGGGGAAGGAGACUGGAGCCCCUGGUCUAUUUGUAGUAUAACCUGUGGCAACGGCAAUCAGAAGCGCACCAGAACCUGUGGCUAUGCCUGCACAGCCACUGAAUCAAGGACAUGUGACAGGCCCAACUGUCCAGGGAUUGAAGACACCUUCAGGACAGCAGCAACAGAAGUGAGUUUGCUCGCAGGAAGUGAAGAAUUCAAUGCCACAAAGCUGUUUGAAGUCGAUACUGACAGCUGUGAAAGGUGGAUGAGCUGCAAGAGUGAAUUCUUAAAGAAGUACAUGCACAAAGUGGUCAACGACCUGCCUGCCUGCCCUUGCACGUACCCCACGGAGGUUGCCUACAGCACAGCCGAUAUCUACGACCGGCUUAAGCGGAAAAACUUUCGCUGGAAAGAUGCGAGUGGGCCAAAGGAAAAACUGGAGAUCUAUAAGCCGACCGCUCGCUAUUGCAUCCGGUCCAUGCUGUCUUUGGAAAGUACCACCCUGGCUGCACAGCACUGCUGCUACGACGACAUCAUGCAGCUGAUCACGAGGGGCAAAGGAGCGGGCACCCCUAAUCUGAUCAGCAUAGAAUUCUCUGCCGAACUUCAUUAUAAAGUGGACAUCUUGCCUUGGAUCAUUUGCAAAGGGGACUGGAGCCGCUAUAAUGAAGCCAGGCCUCCUAAUAAUGGUCAGAAAUGUACAGAGAACCCUUCAGAGGAGGACUAUUACAGACAAUUUCAGGAAGCAAGAGAGUACUGAGAAGGAGAGGCGGGGGAAAGAAGCCAACCUCUUUCAGAGUCUGUGGAACACAGGCAGUUGGUCUGCAGGAUCCCAAAUCAAAGGAACUCUCAGCAUACAGAUUUAAUGUCCCAUUCCUCCACCCACCCCAACUACCUGUAUAUAGUUGUAUAGAAUACACAUUUUUUUCAUAAGUGUGUUAUUUAUAUAUGCAUAUAGAAAUUGCAUACGGACCCCUGUGCAAAUAGACAUUUAUAUAAUGUUAUGCAUUCUGCACCAAUGUAAGGUUUUGUGUUUUUAAAAUCAUGCUCCCGUAAGGACUGGGCUAUCAUUUUUUAAUCUGUAUGGGAAAAGCUCAGCUUUCAGAUUUUUGAAGCAACAGAACUCAAGAGUCCAUUUCUCAACUGCAAACCCCAGUUAUGGGGAUUGUGCUGGUGGGUUAUCCAUCUAACGCAUCUGAGAACUGCAUCUGAUGGUACUACUUUUGUUCAGAACAGCAGAGAGAAAUAUCAGCAUCCACUGCCACUGCCAUUGUGCCUGUGCAGAAGUCAGGGACUUUGAUUUGUGUCAAAGACUAUGUCUGUGCGAUUGACUCUGGUGAGUAAAAGACUGUGAUACCUAAAGUGUGGCUUUGAUGCAGUCAAAUAUCCCUUAUUCUGCAAAGUGUACAAGCACCUCUGAAAUAUUUUUUACUAAAUCAAAGCCAAGGACUAUAACCAGAUCAUUAUUAAACUGUUUCUAUACAUAAGUUAUUUAAUACAAAUGCAGCAUAAUUUCCUUAGAGAUAUAUUGAUGAAAAUAUUUAGACAUAUUUAAGAAAAAUAAUUAUUUUUUUUAAGGGGAAGGGCAGUAAUUAUUCGAGAGGAGGAACAGAGCUGGUAGAUACAAUAAAGGACAAAGCAAAAAACUCUUCAUUCCCAUUUUGGAGUUCUACUUGCCUUGCAAUUUCAGCUUGGCAGAGGUCCAGUUACUAAGAGCUCUUAAUAGCUCUAGGGAUGUAAGCAGAUGUAAAGCACAUUUUCAUUACUCUUAUUAUUUUGUGCCACCACUCAAAGAUAAGGCCUGGGGCGGGAGAAGCUGCAUGGAAGUCCCUCAAAGUCUUCUUCACACACUGCUUUAUUAAAAGGAUGUAAACACAGCAAACUCACGUAUCGUAUAGCCACAUUUGUUCUGGGACCCAGAACUGUCUGCACCUCCCUUUUGAGUGCCCAUUUUGUUGACUAACUUUGAUUUAUCCUGCACAAUGUGUGAAGCAGUCCUAAGCAAAAUAACCUUAAGCAACUUGGAGCAGGCUUACUCGCUGUGCAUAAAGCAAAAAUGUGGGCGGCAUCUUAAAAACUGGGAGUUGCAAUUAAAAACACACACAUAACUGGAUCAGUUAAUUGGAAGUGUGUCAGAAAUGCAUUUCUGGGUUAAAGGCAAGUUUGCGCGUGCGCAUUAGGGUCUGAUUCAUGUUAUGACCGAUGUGUUCCCAUGUUCAGUUUAUUCAUAAACAACCACAGUUGCUGAUUCUAUGAGCUUUCACUCCUAGAGGGUCUGUCUACAUGAUACAGUCUCCAUGUAGAAGCCACAUUAAUUUCUUCUCUGUAGUAGUGGAUUUGUUAGGAGGGCAGGGAAAAUUUUCUCCACGCCACUGCAGAGCAAGUCCCAAUCCAACCAACUUGAGAACUCUCAAGCCUACUGAAUCCUACAGUGAAUUUAAGUGACUUGUCUAUGUUUACACAGGCAAACUCUACCACAGCAAAAGGAAUAUGGCCCAAUCCACUUUACUGCCCUUGCACAAGCAUCAUGGUUUGCUAACAUGAAUGAAUCAGCCAUGGGAGAACAAUUUAAAGCAGACUCCAUGUGAUACCUUUGUUGUUUGUUCAAACUCAUCUUCUGAAGGAACAUACUGUAAAGAGAUUUGUUCUUAAAAUAUGUCCUUAUUGUUAUUUAUUCUUGAGUCUAUACCAAGUCAUUUGGCCAUAUACCAAAUAAAUGCAUAGUAUUUUACGAAAGAAAGUCUAUUCCUUAACAAAGUUUUUUUUUAUUUAAAAAAAAAUCAGUGAAGGGAUGGAGUGUUAUAACUUUACUGCAUUCUUUUGUGGCGUAUUUAUUAAACUGCAGCUAACAUGAAUUUGGCAGAGUUAAAAGUGGCAAGCAAAGGGACUUUCUAAAAGGGACAGUCGUGUUCCAUAGAGAGCUGGUGCAUAAAUCCAGGUUUAUCAAUAAAGCCAUGAUGAAACAUC